CCACUGCUGAUGUCACACACAAGUCAUGUCGACCCUUUCUCAGCACAAUCAGUACCACCACCUCCACUGCUUUUGUCACGAUACGGAGAGACUGUUGUCCAUGCACCACGCGGCCAGGUGGCUCACCUCACUCCUGUAGUCUGUCUCGUCCCCGUUGCUGAUGAGACCCACCACAGUUGCUGAGCCAGUACAUUGAGUAAGGGUGGGGCCAGGCCCCUUCACCCACAAGGUGGAGGGGGGGAAGCCAGCGAGCCCAUCCAGCAGGGAAUCCAACCAGGGGGGUGCCACAGACCCCCACAGGAUCCAGGGAGGUCCUGAGCCCAAACAAAGCGCCCUGACCGCACGGGCAACAGACCCUCCACCACCCACCCCCCAGCGGGCCCCACCGCCACCAUCAACCCCACCACCUCGGAGAGCCGUCAACAGGGACCAACGCAGGAGCCAGCCGCCACCCACAAACGGUCAUAGCCGCCAAAAGCGAGCCCAUGUUAAGUGGCCGUCGUGAGCAAGGACGCUAAUAGAGGGGAGAGGAAGGCGGGGCGAAACCCCAUCUCUCCACGGUCCCCCAUCUCUCCACGGUCGAGAUUGAACCCCGGUCCUCAGAACUGUGAGGUAGACGCUCUAACCAGUCACUCACCGUGCCGCCACAUUUUAAAUCAUCACAAAUAUUUUCCAGUAGAGAUAACUGAUUAUGGAGGUAUUUGGCUCAGCAGAGUUUGGGCUAUUGGGAGGUGGCGAAGGGCUGCGAGAUGACAUAGACAUGUCGGCGAUCAGCUGGUCAGGUGAUCAUCUCAAAGAUGAUAUGUACCCAGCGCCAGGAUUGGCUGUAGCUGCAGCUUAUCAUGACAUUAAGACCCGUCUUGCCAGUUUGGAGAGGGAGAACAGCAGCAUCAAAAGAAAACUCAAACACUACGAGGUCAAGUUUCCGAUCAGUACAUUUGGAGAGGAGAGAGUAUACUUUUCUUGUCAGUCAAUUAUUAAAGACAACAUCAUCCAAUCAGAGACAUCCAACCUGCAACACAGGAUCAACUCUCUCACCCAAGAGCUCCAGAAGAGCAAGGACAGAGAGGAGCAGUUAGAGGACAUAAUUCAAGACUAUAACAAGAUUCACUUAGAGAAAAGCAAUGUCCAGAGAGAUCUUGACAAGAUGACCACUCUAGCAGAGCAAAAUAUGGAGCGAAUCUGCAGUCUGGAGUCAGCUCUCAGACAAAAAGAAACUUCCUUUCAAAAACUCAACACUCAACGCUGUAACAAAGAUGCACAUCAAGGUCAAGCACAUGCCAGCCUGGUUGUGCCCAGAGAGGGCCGCUUGCCAACGCUGCAGAGCUCCCGCAGUCUGGAUGCUCUCUCAGACAUAAAGCUGCAGCGUCUAGAAGCAGAGUUGGAGGGAGCACUGCAGCAGGCGGAAGGAGCAUGUCAGAGAGAGAAGGUGCUGAGAGCUGAGCUUCAGAGACUGCAGAAGGAAGUAGCCCAGCUCCAAGAGGUGCAGAGACGCAAAGAGGAGUUGGCCCCACACUGUGAGCACUGUGAUGUAGAAUGGAUCAAGAAAGCUGGGGAUGAACAAGUUAACCUUGCAUUGGCCUACACUGAGCUCACAGAAGAGUUGGGUCAAAUCCGAAAAUUGGCUGUGGAACAAAGCAACCUUCUGCGUCAAAUCCCACAGGAGCCCAUUUGUCAUCCUCCCUCUGCUCCUCAGUGUCUCUCCCCCACCCCACCCCAGUGUUCUUCCCUAAUCCUUGAGAGGCUGCUGCCCUCUCCCCCACUUCCCCUGCAGAAUGGCCCUGCCUCUUACUCUCAUCAGCAAACCAGCAGAAACCUUCGAGCAAAGUUCCAGGGUCGCCGUAGUUACUCUGAGGUUUCUGACCCAUCAGCUAUCCAGAUACAACCACCUCGCCUCAUGAGAGAUCCAGUAUCCACCCUGCCCAAGCCCAGGUCCCUUUAUGGGGAGACGCACACCUAUGGACAAUCCAAAUCCCAUCUCCGGACCCCUUUGGUGGGACUGGUCAGACCCGCAUCGGCUCAUGGAGCUGGUGGGGAACGAAGAGUGAGAUCAGAGAGAAAUGGGGGGAGCAGUCUGAGCAGUAGUCCUCGUCAUCGUGCGGUGGAUCUGGGCUUCCCUUUGACUACUGAGGUACAUCACUUCUGUCACCUGGAUGAUCGACCAGAGCCCUCUCCGCUGGUGACACCCCCACACUCAUCAGACGAUGAAGAGGAUAUAGGCACUUAUCUCUCAGCAGCCACCAGUCCUCCUCGAACACUUAGGGAAAAGACACUCCACCCCUUGUUCUUGUCUCAGAGUAAACCUGGCCAAAUUCCAUCUCUCUCAGCCCCUGAGGGUCCCACCACACUCUCCUGCCAUCUGCCUGCCUACAUGAGCACUGAACAUGCUCAGUCAUGGCCCUCCAUCAAUUUAUGGAUGGAGUCAGACGAGAGUGCUGUGCGAAGCUGUCCUCUCUGUCAGCUGACCUUCCCAACUGGUUACCCGGAUGAUGCCCUCAUUAGACAUAUCGACUCGCACUUGGAGAACAGCAAGAUCUGACUCUCCUAAUGAACACCAUUUCCAAUUAGACCUUUUUUUGUUUGGCAAGUUUACAGACUGACAGCAAUAGUGCAUAGUCUUUGAGUUUACAUACUUUGAACAGGUCUUUUUAUCCAGACUCUAAAAUCAAACCAGCAACCUUUUUACUGCAAAUUCUACACAGGCUUCUUCGUAGGUUUUAUUUUCUGAUUGAAAAUCUCUCCUUUUGAUUUAUUUCGUUUUGUUCACCAAGGUCACACACACAUUAUUUUAUACUGUAUGCCACCAAAAAAAACUUCUCACUCUUGCCUUUAUGGGUGAAGAGCGAAGCUCCACGAGUGCUCUUCCAAGUGGAAUAUGAAGAUAACAGCUUUUUGUCUUUAUAAACAGAAUUUUUAUUGGGGGGGGGAGAGAAACUGGUUCGGGCAAUAUUAACCAGUACAUGGGCCAGCAACCAAAUGGCACCAAAGCAAAUAAGCUAUAAAUACAUAUGUGCAAUGAGUCUGCCAAUAUCUGUUUGAAAGGAAGGAGAGAAGAAGAAAUUAUUUUUUUUUUUUUUAAAUAAAAUAAAAAAAAAUCCACUUUCUGGUGUUAAUGGAAAUGCCUUGGUUAAAACUAAAUUUACCUAUUUGGGCAGAAGUAGAGGUCAUUUCACAGUGGUAUUUGUGGCCAUAUCCUAUUACUGAACAUAUACUAUUGUUCUUCAUGCAAUACCUGUAUAGUUAGAUUUUAUUUUGAACAUGACCAACUUGUCUUUGUGCUGAGUUUAGUUAAAUGUUCACAAUAAUACAAAUCAUUGGCUUCAAGUCUUUAGGUUAGUAUUUAGCAAAUUGUUGAGAAAUGCGGUCGAUACGGUUAGAAUAGAGAAACCUGAGUGACUUCAUUUUCAAAUUAUUGACUGAUGCCAUCACAAUUAUAAAAACAUUACAGUGUGCAAUUAUGUACUUUGUCACAACAAUGAAUAAAUGUGUGCUAACA